CGGAGAAGGCUGCAGGUGGUCGCCCGGGUUCUCUUUCUCCUUAUCUUCCCCCCCCCCCGACAGUGACAUACCAAAAAUAAGAGAUGGCAGUAAUUGAAAUAGCUUGCCAGGAUCAUACAAAUCCAGCUACUGGAUCUCCAAAGGAACUCCUAAUGGGCAAAGGGCCCGAAGAAGUAGUGAGUGAAAAGAAAAGCAGUGUUUGCAAAGUAGAGGAUCCAGAUAAAAAGAUGUUCCAUGAAUCAUGGAAGAUCCUGAAUGAUGUGAUUGCUAAAGGAACUGCCAAGGAAGACAGCGGACAAGGGAGCUUGGCUUCCAUCUCCAUCAUUGCCCAGGCAGAAUGUGAGAUAAGCCAGGAGUUCAGUCCCACUUAUUCAGAGAGGCCUUUUAUUGUUCACACAAAACGAUAUAGCCGGUCUUGCAGCCUUGAUCAAAUCCCCAAUAAUGUGGCUCAUGCAACCGAAGGAAAAAUGGCUCCAGGUUCCUGGAAGGCCUUACAUCGUGGCAAAUCCCGGAAGAAGCAGCGAAAGAGAAAGUCCUCCCUUAAAACACCAAAAAGAGCAGCCUCCCUAAUUCAAAAGCCAAGGACUCCGGAGCAGGAGAGCUGUGUACCCAUACCUGUGCAGGAAGAUGACUCUCAUUUGGGCACCCUCUUCAAUAUCACUUCAUGGCAUUCAGAACUAUGUAAGGAUUUCGGUUCUGAUUUCAGUUCCUUUGAGAAACCAAGUCAAGUUUUAUCUACGAGCAAGUUGCAUAUGAUAAAGAGCCAAGCAAAGCUAGAAUUACACAAGUUGAUCAGCCCUGCUCAGUGCUUGAGUCAUGUUUGGAAAUCCUAUACACAGGACAAUUUGGGCUCUCAAUUGGAGAUUGUGCGUCCCUGUCCUUCAAACAAAUUUCCUCCUUAUUUGUAUGGCCGGAGCUAUUUGCUUCCUGCUUUGAAACCUGGCCCUCUGAAGACUUAUCUUUUUGAUGAUCUUUCAAAUGUGAAUGAUGAAUGUUACCUUUCAGACUUGAAUCUGGCACAUAGCUUUUCCAAAUGUCAUCAGUCUGCAAAAAACACUUCAGAUACUUUUUCUAUGGAUGAAUUUCUAGUAGAUGCAUUGAAGGGAAAUGUUAUUCUUGGAGAACCAAAAAACCUAGCUUGUUUGGCCAAGACUUGGAAAGAUGGAUCAUGUUCAAAAGUGUGCCUACAGGAAAUUAAUGAAAAUGAAGGAGUGUUGCUUACAGAGAAACUCAAAGCAGUCGAUUAUGAGUACCGAGAAGAGGUUCACUGGACUAAAUCUCAAGGUUUGCUCGGCACGGGCUCUUUUGGAGAAGUGUAUAAAAUGGAGGACAAGCAGACGGGCUUUCAGUGUGCAGCCAAAAAGAUACAAGUUGAACACUUUCGUGCAGAAGAGUUGUCAACAUGUGUUGGAGUGACACAUGCCAAAGUCCUCCCUCUAUAUGGAGCAGUGAAAGAAGGCCAGUGGGUCACUAUCUUCAUGAAACUGAUGGAAGGUGGAUCACUGGGCCAGCUAGUUAAGCAGUGUGGGUACCUACCUGAGGACAGAGCUCUUGAUUAUCUCAGCCAAACACUGGAAGCCUUGGAAUAUCUUCACGCCCACAGCAUUCUCCAUGGAGAUGUAAAAGCUGACAAUAUCCUUUUAUCUGGUGACAGAAGCCAUGUUGCUCUCUGUGAUUUUGGUCAUGCAGUUCAACUUCAUCCAGAUGGCAUAAAGAACUAUUUAAUGACAGGGGAUUAUGUCCCGGGCACUGAGACCCACUUGGCUCCUGAAAUCAUAAUGGGAAAGCACUGUGAUUUCAAGAUAGACAUCUGGAGUAGUUGCUGUAUGAUGCUGCACUUACUGAAUGGGUACCAUCCUUGGAUUAAGUACUAUAAUCAUCCUCUGUGCUUCAAAAUAGCCAAAGAACUACCCCCUCUGAGAGAAAUUCCUCCCUCCUGUCACCCAUCCACUGUUCAGGUCAUUACCUCUGGCCUAGAGAAAGAGCCUACAAAACGAGCUUCUGCAGCAGAGCUAAGGAAGAAAACCUGCACAGCACUCAAGCAAAUGGGAGGACUGAAGAGUUCCUGGAAUGGUGAAUACAGAGAACCUAGAUGUUUGCAGUCCACAGAGAAAGCUAUUCUCACAGAACUAUUGUUAUCCAUACCUGAACUGCCGGAUAGCCAAAAGGUGUUGUCCAGAAGCCCUAGACCUCCAUUGCCAUGUGAGGAUCUGACUGAGAGAACGCAGUUAAUUCACCCAGACAUGUGCAAGGAAUUACUGCCACCAUCUGACUCCCUUCUACCCUCCUUUCUGGCUCCAGCGAGUACUAGGAAAUACAACAUGACAGAAUGGAGGACUCCCAGCAUUGACCACGACCUUCAGCAGAUGGAGUUUGAUCUGAUUCUGAACAGCCUCUCUCAACCCUUUUCACUGGAAGAACAGGAACAAAUGUUGUCUUGCUUCAGCUUGGAUAGCUUCCUCACAUCAGAUGCUAGUGAAAAGGGCUCAUUGAAAAUGUCCUACAGUCUAAAGGACACCAUGAGUUCAGGGGUACAUUCCUGGAACAGCCAAGCAGAUGGCCAGAGCACCAGCUGGGACAGCUGGCUGAAUCGUAGCAGAAAUACAGAUAUGCCCACUUAUGUGAACGGGGUGAAAAUUGAGAUCUGCUUGCUUAGUGGGGAAAGCCUCCACAUCAGAGAAUUCCGUGGAACUAAGGUGGGAGAUGUUGCCACUGGAAUUAGCAGCCAGAUACCAGCCCCUGCAUUCAGCUUCUUCACAAAAGAAGGUGAUCCUGUCCAUUGUGAUAUGAUGGUCCCUGAUUCAGGCAUUGAACUUCAGUGCACUUUGGCUCCUGAUUGCAGUUCUGGCUGGAAGUGGAGGAUCAAAUAUGGUCAGUUAGAGAAGCGGCUUUAACGUCUUUUUCCUCCUCACAUCUUAUAUUGAAUCAAAUGUGACUCUGCAGAAAAAUGAGUGCAGGAAUUCGUUGGUGACAGCUGGUUGCUAAAGGUGAUUACAGGUUCCUUAUCUGCUUCUUUGUCACAUCCAGUGCCUAUGGAAGAUGUUGUGGGAUAAACUUCUAUUCAGAGUUGAAUGGUUGGGCUGCAUUUAACAAAAUCAACCUCAGUAGCUUGAAACAUAAAUUGCUGUGGUUUAGGCAGAUAAAUCCUUCCUUAAUCCCACUAUCAAGGACUAUCCCAAUAGUGCUUAGAUUUGCAUCAUCUUUUAACGUGGCUUUUUUCAGUCUGAGCACUGAAUACUGCUUUUGAAUUCCUUGGAGGAAUGUAUGACCUCCAGAUUUAAUAGCUAGUGUGUAAUGAGUACAUAACCAAUAUAUCUCUGCAGAAGCAGUAACUUCGUCACUCAUACAGAAACUCCUUUACUAUACAUUAUUUCAUUUUCUUUCUGUACAAUUUACAGCAGGCAUGUUCAAUUCACAGCCCAUGGGUCACAUAUAGCCCUGGAUAGCUGGUACUGUGGCCUCACAAGAUUGUAACCUAUCUACCUAUUUAAUGAAUUUUGUUGUUUAGAUACAUUAACUAUAUUAUAGCUAUAUACUAUAUUAACAUGCGAUCCAAGACAAUUCUUUUCCAUUCAGUGCGGCAGAGGCAAGCAAAAAGGUUGGACACAUCUGUUUUAGAGUUAAAAUUACAUGCUUAUCAAGAGAACUUUUAACUACCAGUCUGAGUACAAAUAGUUUUUUAAGAUUAAACAUAUCAUACUUUUCAAGAGAGAUUUCAUCUAUGCCAAGGAAAGUUUGAAGCAAAAAUCUAAACUUGUGAUAGUUUAGGCAAGUCCUUAUAGUCUUGUUUUUAGUUGACCAGA